UUAAAGUCAAACUGAAAGACGGUCUCCUGCUCAGUGGGAGUGGCCUUCCAGAUGUAUACGCAGCCAAAGGCUUCCACUUCCAUUGGGGAACUGGUGUCGACCAGCCAGGAUCUGAGCACUGUAUUGAUGGCAAACGGUACUCUAUGGAGCUACACAUUGUGCAUACCAGGAACAACAUGAGCAUGUCAGAGGCAUUGGAUGAUCCUCAAGGAAUCGCUGUGCUGGCAUUUUUUGUCCAGGGUUCUGACAGUGCCAAGGGCAAGACUGUUAAAGCAUGGAAAUCCUUUUCUAAGAACCUCCAAAGGAUCGCUAAAAAGGGUUCAGACACAAAGCUUCGAGGCAACGUCUCCCUCCACGACUUAAUAGGUCCCACAGAUCUCGCCCGCUACUACCGCUACAGCGGGUCCCUCACCACUCCCAACUGCAACGAGGUCGUAAUCUGGACCGUCUUUACUGAGCCCAUUCUGGUGCCCUUCAAAGUGGUGGCAUUUUUCCCUUUCAAUCUCCGGUCGACAGAUUCUUCUGUGGGGCCUCACCAGAAGAACAACUUCCGCCCCCUGCAGAGACUCCACAAUAGAAUGGUGGAAGCAUCGGCCCUUUUGAAGCCUCCUUUAGCCACAACCGGAGCCACACAGCCAGUAGUACCCAACCUGUCCGUCCUUGGCAUCGAUGUUCUUGGGGUUUUACCCAUAUAA